AUGAAUAGUUUGGAGAAAGAAGUGACAAAAUAUAUGAUUACAGCAGAUAUAAAUUCUGCAGAAGCCAUAGAAUCAGCUAAAAACUUAGUUCAAAUCAUCAAUGAAGGAUCUGCUCAAGAUAACUUGUUGCAUUUGAUACAAUGUUUAGGAGAACAUCUUACAAAUGAAGAUGAAUUUAUUCGUGCUAAAGCGACUGGACUUUUAUCGAUUACCUUGACCGAUUGUGAACACGAUGUUAUCAAUGAAUCAGCUGUAUCUGUCCUUGUUGAUUUUUAUUGUGAAAGAUUAACUGAUAAGACUUGUGUACAAAAUCUAUUGCAAGGGCUUGUGGCAUUAACAACUUAUUCCAACUUUACUGAUAAGAAUGCUGUAUUUGUUUCAAAAAGAAUUGCACAAAAAGUUGACAUGCAGCAAUUUCCUCAAGCAGUGAGAUACUCAGUUUAUAACAUUUACAGUAAUUUAAUUAAUCGCCAUGUUAACGCCUUAAGAUCUAUCAAUAAUGAGUUUGUAUAUGGGUUUACUCAAAAGUUAGAUGGUGAAAAAGAUCCUAGAAAUUUGUUAAUUGCUUUUCAAAUUAUGAAGAAUAUUGUGAAUAGUUUUGAUAUUUCAGCUCAUGUAGAGGAUAUAUUUGAAGUUACAUGUUGUUACUUUCCAAUCACCUUUAAACCACCCCCUGAUGAUCCAUAUGGCAUCACAGCAGAAGACUUAAAGAUCAGUCUUAGAGAAUGUAUAUCUUCCUCUCCAUUAUUUGCAAAGUUCGCUUUACCUUUAAUUUUGGAAAAGCUAUCAUCUACUGCUGGUAGUGCAAAGAAAGAUUCAAUGGAGACUUUGGCUGCCUGUGCGCCUGUAUAUGGAGCGGCCGCUAUAUUACCUCAUAUUGAUGGAAUCUUUAGUAGUCUUAAGUUGGAAGUGUUCCAGGCUGUUGAACCCUCUUUAGAAGACGCUGCUUUAAAGGCUAUUCAUGCUGUUGUAAAUGCAUUAAAUACUACUGGUUUGAGCACAUCAGAAUCAGAUCCUGUAGAAAAAGCAUUACAGCCUUUGAUUGAAGAAUGUACUACAAACUUAAAAGAUCCUGACAUGAAGGAUUCAAAGCAAACUGGCCGUAUUCUAAGAGCUACUGCAUCAGCUUCUGAUCACUCUUGUCAUUAUAUUGUAAAUAUUAUUAUUCCGCUAGUUUUAAAGCAAUACCGUGAAACAAGUGUUGCUAUAUUAAAAAAGGCAAACGUGGAUAUUAUAAUUGAUCUUUUGGAGGCUUGUAAGACACUUUAUGGAACAGACGAUGAAAUCGAAAAAGUAGAUGAUAACUUUACUUCGCCUUUAAUUCAGUAUAAAGAUCAAUUUUUUGCGAUUUUUGAAUCUUCAUUAAAAGCAUCAAAUGAAUAUAAUCUUUUACGGCUUUCUGGAUUAACAGGAUUAAAGUUGAUGAUUAUAUCAAAAAGAUUUUUAGAGGAAAAUGAAGUGGGUAUUGCUAUUCAAUCUAUCAAUAGUAUCUUAUUAGAUGAACAAGACGAAGAACUACGUUCUGCGGCACUUAAUGCUCUAAGUGUCACUUCACAUAUUAAUAGCAAAUAUGUUAAUGAAAUCACUAUACUAUCUUUAGUAAAUCGACUUCCUGAUACUACGACAAAUCUUAGUUCUAAGGCUUAUUUAUAUAUUCUUCAUGCAUUAGAAGUUUUGGCACCUGUAGCUGCGAUUUACAAACAAGCAAUGCCUCUAUUAAUCCAAAAAUUUGAUCAUGUUUGUGAAAAAGACACAAAUGCUUCAUAUGCACUCGCUAUAGCUCAAUGUAUCUUGAGUAUUCUUAAUACAAAAUCUGCGAAAAAGCAUGAUGAUAUAAUAGGAAGCAUUGAUACUCUAGUAUCUCACUUUAUUACUAAAGCAAUAGAGGCUUCUCUUUGUUCAGAAGAUAACCUUAUAUUAGAUUAUGAUGUUAUGGAAACAUUAGCGUUAAUCACAAUUACGGUUUUCUCGAAAUUAAAUAGCGAGGCCCAAAAGGCUUAUAUAGAUAAAGCUUACAAAUUAUUUGUUGAGGGUCAGUUAUCUGAAUUUGAUAUUAUUUCCUCAACACAAGAAUUCCAGCCUCUUAACCCUUCUUCAUCACCUUUAAGAAAUGAAAAACAAAAAAAGGUUUGCUUACUCUUUGCUGCUAUUGUCUGCUGUUUAAGAAAAGAUGUGAAUUUGCCUGUUUCAAAUCUAGAAAAUUAUCUGAACGAAAUGGUUCAAUUGGUAUUAAGCACGGAUAAUGUUAUUCAAGCCAAUUGUGGUUCAAGGAUGAUUGGUUCUUUGAUUAAUAAAUGGAAAGAUAAUUCGGCCUUAAUUGAAUAUGUUAAAACUACCACAAUAAUGUUAGAAAGCAUAAUCACACAACAAGCUCCAAAUAGUAAAUAUGCUUUAAUGGUCUAUUUAUGGAUAGCUAAAGCGCUUAUCUUACGUACACAUGCUAUGGGAUACGAAUUGACCAAUAAAGUGAUUGAAUGGUGUGCUGAUAACCCAACUAGCAUACAUGUUCCUCAAGGUUUUGACAUCUUGAUUGGUGACGAUAAACUUGCAUUAAACAAAAAUACAUUUGCUACAACUUCCAUUUUGUUCAAGCAAAGAUUCUUUGCAUUUUGUUUGCCUAAACUGAUCGAUGGCUUCCGUUCGGCAGCAGACAAUAUCAAGCCAAAUUAUUUAAUUGCACUUUCUUAUGUAUUAAAAAAUGUCCCAAAGCAAAUUUUAUUGAACGAGUUACCUCCCCUUGUAUCAACGUUAGCCACCUUCAAAUUAGCAGUUGCAGAGGCUUCUAAUGUUGUAGCACCACAGGUUAGAACCAUUUUACCUUCUUUAUUAGCCUUGUUGCAAGAAACUGCUAAUAAUCCAAUUCGUGUACGUGUCGGCGCUCUUGCUUGUCUUGCCGAGUUUCCUGGUUCAAUCGCUAAGGAUAUCCUUAAACCUCAUGUUAAUUAUGUUAUUAGAGAGCUCAGGACAUCAUUAGAUGAUAAGAAGCGAAUUGUAAGAAAAGAAGCAGUAGAAUGCCGAUCUCAAUGGUACACAGUAAUAAAUUAG